GCGGUGGUGGCAGCGGCGGCGGCAGCGGGAGCAACGAACGGGGCGGCAGGGAUCCUCGGGGGCUGCCGGCUGGGAAGGCGUGCGCGACCCGGUGUGUGGUGCGCCCGGAGCCCCACGUUUCAGCCCUAGGGAAGGAAAGCCAGUUGAGGGAAGUUCUCCAUGAAUGUACAUGACCGACCAAAUCCCUCUGGAACUGCCACCAUUGGUGAAUGGAGAGGUCGCCCUGAUGCCCCACUUGGUGAAUGGAGACGCAGCUCAGCAGGUUAUUCUCGUUCAAGUUAAUCCAGGUGAGACUUUUACAAUAAAAGCGGAGGAUGGAACACUUCAGUGCAUUCAAGGACCUGCUGAAGUUCCCAUGAUGUCACCCAAUGGAUCCAUUCCUCCCAUUCAUGUGCCUCCAGGUUAUAUCUCACAGGUGACCGAAGACAGUACUGGCGGCCGCAGGGUGGUGGUCACACCCCAGUCUCCUGAGUGUUAUCCCCCAAGCUACCCCUCAGCCAUGUCUCCAACCCAUCGUCUCCCUCCCUAUCUGACUCAUCAACCACAUUUGAUUCAUAACUCACACACAGCUUACUACCCGCCUGUUACCAGACCUGGAGAUACACUGCCUCAGUUUUUACAGCAUCAUCUUCCCCACACGAUAUACGGGGAGCAAGAAAUUAUACCACUGUAUGGAAUGGCAAGCCUCUGCACAAAAAAACUGAAAGACUGCCAGAUCGAUCGCCAGAACCGCCUCAGCAGCCCUCCUUCCUCUAUCUACAAAAGCAGCUACACGACAGUGUACAAUGGCUACGGGAAGGGCCACAGCGGCAGCCGUGGCGGAAGCGGCAGCGCUGGUGGUCCCGGAAUUCAGAAAACAGAGCGGGGAGCAAGAAGCAGCCCGAAGUCGAAUGAUUCAGACUUGCAAGAAUAUGAGUUGGAAGUAAAGAGGGCGUGAGGCAUUCUUUCGGGAAUAGAGAAACCACAGGUUUCUAAUAUUCAGGCGAGAGCAGUUGUGUCGUCCUGGGCUCCCCGCCUUGGACUUUCUUGUGGACCCCACAGUGGUCUUUCCUUCCCCUACAGUUACGAGGUUGCCUUAACAGACAAAGGACGGGAUGGAAAAUACAAGAUAAUUUACAGUGGAGAAGAAUUAGAAUGUAACCUGAAAGAUCUUACACCAGCAACGGAUUAUCACGUGAGGGUGUCUGCCACGUACAAUUCCAUAAAGGGAUCCUGCUCCAAGCCUGUUAGCUUCACCACCCACAGCUGUGCACCCGAGUGUCCUAUCCCUCCUAAGCGCCACAGGAGCAAAAGUUCACUAACCCUGCAGUGGAAGGCACCAGUUGACAAUGGUUCAAAAAUCACCAACUACCUUUUAGAGUGGGAUGAGGGAAAAAGGAACAGUGGUUUCAGACAGUGCUUCUUUGGGAGCCAGAAACACUGCAAGUUGACAAUUUGCCGGGCAAUGGGGUACACGUUCAGGCUGGCUGCUGGAAACGACAUUGGCACCAGUGGUUACAGCCAAGAGGUGGUGUGCUGCACAUUAGGAAACAUCCCUCAGAUGCCUUCUGUGCCAAGGCUGGUUCGAGCUGGCAUCACAUGGGUCACAUUGCAGUGGAGUAAGCCAGAGGGCUGUUCACCCGAGGAGAUGGUCACUUACACCUUGGAAAUUCAGGAGGAUGAAAAUGAUAACCCUUUCCACCCAAAAUACACUGGAGAGGAUUUAACCUGUACUGUGAAAAAUCUCAAAAGCAGCACACAGUAUAAAUUCAGGCUGACCGCUUCUACUGUGGAAGGAAGAAGCUGUCCAAGCGAAGUCCUUGUUUGUAUGACAAGUCCUGACAGGCCCGGACCUCCUACCAGACCACUUGUCAAAGGCCCAGUUACAUCUCAUGGCUUUAGUGUCAAAUGGGAUCCUCCUAAGGACAAUGGUGGUUCGGAAAUCCUCAAGUACUUGCUAGAGAUUACUGAUGGAAAUUCUGAAGCGAAUCAGUGGGAAGUGUCGUCCAGUGGGUCAGCUACCGAAUAUACCUUCACCCACUUGAAACCAGGCACUUUGUACAAACUCCGAGCAUGCUCUAUCAGUACUGGCGGACACAGUCAGUGUUCUGAAAGUCUCCCUGUUCACACACUAAGCAUCGCACCAGGUCAGUGUUGACCACCGAGGGUGCUGGGUAGACCGAAGCACAAAGAAGUCCACUUAGAGUGGGAUGUUCCUGCAUCUGAAAGUGGCUGUGAGGUCUCAGAGUACAGCGUGGAGAUGACGGAGCCUGAAGACGUAGCCUCUGAGGUGUACCACGGCCCAGAGCUGGAGUGCACCGUUGGCAACCUGCUUCCCGGAACCGUGUAUCGCUUCAGGGUGAGGGCUCUGAAUGACGGAGGGUAUGGUCCCUAUUCUGAGCUCUCAGAAAUCACCGCUGCUGCAGGACCCCCUGGACAGUGCAAAGCACCAUGUAUUUCCUUUACACCUGAUGGAUGUGUCUUAGUGACCUGGGAGAGUCCUGAUAGUUCCGGUGCUGACAUCUCAGAGUACAGGUUGGAAUGGGGAGAAGAUGAAGAAUCCUUAGAAGUCAUUUAUCAUGGGACAGACACCCAUUUUGAAAUAAGAGACCUGUUGCCUGCUGCACAAUAUUGCUGUAGACUACAGGCCUUCAAUCAAGCAGGAGCAGGGCUGUACAGUGAACUUGUCCUCUGCCAGACACCAGCGUCUUCCCCUGACCCUGUCUGCACUCUCUGCGUCCUGGAGGAGAAGCCCCUCAAUGCCCACCCUGAUUCACCUUCUGUGUGCCUUGUACUGAACUGGGAAGAGCCGUGCAAUAAGGGAUCUGAAAUCCUUGCUUACAACAUUGAUCUUGGAGACACUAGCAGUACCGUGGGCAACACCACCUCCCACGUUAUGAAAGAUCUCCUUCCAGAAACCACCCACCGGAUCAGAAUUCAGGCAAUAAAUGAAAUUGGAAUUUACCUUCAUUCUAUUUUCACACUGAUGUCUUUUGCAAGCCUUUGA